AUGUUCGGUAGAGAGAUUGAGUUCUCUUUGCGAGACAUCCCUCAAAGCUGUGAAGUGCGAGGAGAUGGUAAUUGUCUAUUCCGGACACUCUGCUGGUGGAUCACGGGUGGUAGUGAACGCGAAUACGUACUUCUACGCAAAAAGCUCAUCGCUUUCAUGACUAAAUAUCGCUCGAAAUUUACUAGUUUGCUAAUGAGCCAACAAGAUAUGGAUACUCACCUGAUGAGAAUGGCAGAGGAUGGAGAAUGGGGAACGCAAGUCGAGCUAGCUGCGGCUGCUUGCUGGUUAAAUGUGAACAUCUACACAUUCCUUGAAGGAAAAUGGUUGCGAUAUCGACCUCUGUUUCGAUGGAAAUCGGAUGGCAGUUCGCCAGUUUCUAUGUCACGCAACGAGUGCAAUGAUGAUACGGGAGCCAUCUUUAUAUGCAAUGCCAGCGGCUGCCAUUUCCAACCAGCGGUCAGCGUUGAACCCCGAAUUGUUAAGCGUAGUUUGCGGCCGCGACGGGACCGAGACAUAGUCAAGGAUCCAUCUCCUUUGCGUUCUACUCCCGAGCCACCUUAUGUAUUUAAUGUUGCCGAUGGUCCUGUCUACUCGCUGUCUGCGGUCAUCUGUCAUCAUGGAGAUUCACUAUUGACCGGUUUGUUAUCUGUUUACUACAUUGGUAGCAUGCUGUGUUAUUGA